UCAGGUCUUUCUGGCCCAUGUGACUCCAACAACCCAUACGGUUUGAUAAAAAGGAUAUUUAGUCUCAGCCCUCGAAGAUCUCAUACACGAUGACCGUUAAGAACGGCGACAUCGUCAAGGACGAUGUGAACUCGCGAUCGCAGUACAAAACGAAUAUCGUCCUGAGCAGCCAGAUAGAGGAUUCAGAACGAGAUCGAAAGAGCUUUGAUCCCAACAAAUCAAAAAAGAAGUCGAAGCAUGACGAGGCGGAAGCGAGCGAUGAGGAGGAUGGCUUCAAGUACGAGGAGGAAGUGAAGCAGGUUAGCUACUUCCAGCUCUUCCGGUAUGCCACCAACAAGGAUCGCGGGCUCUAUGUGAUCGGUUUACUCUCUGCCGUGGCCACUGGCCUUACCACUCCCGCCAACAGUUUGAUCUUCGGCAAUCUGGCCAAUGACAUGAUCGACUUGGGCGGAAUGGCGGCGGGGGGAAAGACCUAUCGAGCUGACGACGAUGCCGGUACUUUGCUCCUGGACAAAGUGCGAGAGUUCUCCCUGCAGAACACGUACAUCGGCAUUAUCAUGCUGGUGUGUUCCUAUCUCUCGAUCACCUGCUUCAACUAUGCGGCCCACUCCCAGAUCCUGACCAUACGCUCAAAGUUCUUCCGUUCGAUUCUACAUCAAGACAUGAAGUGGUACGACUUCAACCAGAGUGGUGAAGUGGCCAGCCGAAUGAAUGAGGAUCUGUCCAAGAUGGAGGAUGGCCUGGCUGAGAAAGUAGUGAUGUUUAUCCAUUACUUUGUUUCCUUCGUGGGAUCACUGGUCCUGGCCUUUGUCAAGGGCUGGCAGCUAUCGUUGGUGUGUCUGACCAGUCUGCCGCUGACCUUCAUCGCCAUGGGUCUGGUGUCCGUGGCCACGUCCCGUCUGGCCAAGAAGGAGGUGACCAUGUACGCCGGCGCCGCCGUGGUGGCCGAAGGAGCUCUCUCCGGCAUUCGCACAGUGAAAGCUUUUGAGGGAGAGGCGAAGGAGUUGGCCGCGUACAGGCAAAGCGUGGUUGCCGCCAAGCUGCUGAACAUCAAGAGGAACAUGUUCUCCGGCAUCGGUUUCGGUCUGCUGUGGUUCUUCAUCUACGCCUCCUACUCCCUGGCCUUCUGGUACGGAGUGGGUCUGGUGAUCAAGGGAUACAACGAUCCCUACUACGCCAACUACGAUGCCGGCACCAUGAUCACCGUGUUCUUCUCGGUCAUGAUGGGCUCCAUGAAUAUUGGUAUGGCGGCUCCGUACAUUGAGGCCUUUGGAAUCGCCAAGGGUGCCUGUGCCAAGGUCUUCCACAUCAUCGAGCAGAUCCCCAUCAUUAAUCCCAUCGAUGCUGGCGGUAAAAAGUUGAACGAGCCCCUGACUUCCAUUGAGUUCAGGGACGUGGAGUUCCAAUACCCAACGCGUGCGGAGAUCCCCAUUCUAAACAAACUGAACCUGGAGAUCCAUCGAGGCCAGACGGUGGCCCUGGUGGGUCCCUCUGGCUGUGGCAAGUCGACCUGCAUCCAGCUCAUCCAGCGAUUCUACGAUCCCCAGGCUGGUAAUCUUUACUUUAAUGGCACCAACCUUAAGGACAUCGACAUCAACUGGCUGCGCUCUAGGAUCGGAGUGGUGGGUCAGGAGCCAGUCCUCUUUGGCGUUUCUAUCUACGAAAAUAUCCGAUACGGCCGGGAAGAUGCCACUCGGGAGGAGAUCGAGGCGGCAGCUGCAGCAGCCAAUGCGGCCAUUUUCAUCAAGAAACUACCCAAGGGCUAUCACACCCUUGUGGGCGAGCGCGGAGCUCAGCUGUCUGGAGGGCAGAAGCAGAGGAUAGCUAUCGCUCGUGCCCUGAUCCGUGACCCCGAGAUACUGCUACUGGAUGAGGCUACCUCUGCUCUGGACACGGCCAGUGAGGCUAAGGUCCAAGCUGCCCUGGAGAAGGUGAGCGCUGGCAGAACCACCAUCGUGGUGGCCCAUCGUUUGUCCACCGUUCGUCGGGCGGACAGGAUUGUGGUGAUCAACAAGGGAGAAGUGGUGGAGAGCGGAACGCACCAGGAGCUAAUGGAGCUGAAGGAUCACUAUUACAACCUGGUAACCACCCAAUUGGGUGACGAUGAUGGCUCAGUCCUAAGUCCCACCGGUGACAUCUACAAGAACUUUGACAUCAAGGAUGAGGACGAAGAGGAAAUCAAGAUUCUCAGCGAGGAUGAGGACGAAGAGGAGGUGGUGGCAGACAAGAAGGAUAAGAAAAAGAAGAAGAAGGUCAAGGACCCCAACGAGGUGAAGCCCAUGGCCGAGGUUAUGAAGAUGAGCAAACCGGAGUACCUGCAGAUCACCAUUGGCUGCAUCUCGUCCGUGAUCAUGGGAUGUGCCAUGCCCGUCUUUGCAGUGCUCUUCGGCAGCAUCUUGCAGAUCCUCUCGGUGAAGGAUAACGAUGAAUACGUGCGCGAGAACUCUAACCAAUACAGUCUGUACUUCCUGAUCGCCGGAAUCGUGGUGGGCUUUGCCACGUUCUUCCAGAUUUACUUCUUCGGUAUCGCCGGUGAGAGGCUGACGGAACGUCUCCGAGGUCUCAUGUUCGAGACGAUGCUGCGCCAGGAGGUUGCCUGGUUCGACGACAAGGCCAAUGGUACCGGAAGCCUUUGUGCUCGACUCUCCGGAGAUGCUGCUGCAGUUCAGGGGGCCACUGGUCAGCGAAUUGGAACCAUCAUCCAGUCCAUUUCCACCCUCGUCCUGGGCAUCGGCUUGUCCAUGUACUACGAGUGGAGUCUCGGUCUGGUGGCCCUGGCCUUCACGCCCUUCAUCCUGAUCGCCUUCUACAUGCAGCGCACCCUGAUGGCCAAGGAGAACAUGGGUUCAGCCAAGACCAUGGAGAACUGCACCAAGCUGGCCGUCGAAGUGGUUUCCAACAUUCGUACUGUGGUCUCUCUGGGUCGUGAGGAGAUGUUCCACCAGAAUUACAUUAGCAUGCUGAUCCCAGCUGUGGCAAUUUCCAAGAGGAAUACCCACUUCCGAGGUAUGGUCUACGGUCUCGCCCGUUCCCUUAUGUUCUUUGCCUACGCCGCCUGUAUGUACUACGGAACCUGGUGUGUGAUCAACCGAGGAAUCGAGUUUGGAGAUGUCUUCAAGGUUUCCCAAGCGCUCAUCAUGGGUACAGCCUCGAUUGCCAACGCCUUGGCCUUUGCUCCCAACAUGCAGAAGGGCGUGUCGGCGGCCAAGACCAUCUUUACCUUCCUCCGCCGCCAGCCGAUGAUUGUGGACCGACCGGGAGUAUCUCGUGCUCCGUGGCACAGCGAAGGAAAUGUCCGCUACGAAAAGGUGGAGUUCAGCUAUCCCACGCGCCGUGAGAUUCAGGUUCUAAAGGGCCUAAAUCUGAGCGUGCUCAAGGGUCAGAAGGUUGCCCUGGUGGGUCCUUCAGGUUGUGGCAAGUCCACUUGCAUCCAGCUGGUUCAGCGAUUCUACGACGUAGAUGGGGGAGCUACUCUUAUAGACGAGCAGGAUGUGCGCGACGUCUCCAUGACGAAUCUGCGCCACCAAUUGGGUAUCGUGUCCCAGGAGCCCAUCCUCUUCGAUCGCACAAUCAAGGAAAAUAUUUCCUACGGUGACAACUCCAGGAUUGUGACCGACCAGGAGAUCAUCUCCGCCUGCAAGAAGUCCAAUAUCCACGAGUUCAUCGCUAACCUGCCAUUGGGCUAUGAAACGAGAAUGGGUGAGAAGGGUGCUCAGUUGUCGGGAGGUCAAAAGCAACGCAUUGCUAUUGCAAGAGCUCUCAUCCGGAACCCUAAGAUCAUGCUGCUCGACGAGGCCACCUCUGCCCUGGACGCUGAAAGUGAGAAGGUUGUCCAAGAUGCACUCGAUGCCGCCUCUGAGGGUCGUACCACCAUUACUAUAGCCCAUCGAUUGUCCACCGUUGUCCACUCGGACGUCAUCGUGGUCCUGGAGAACGGAGUGGUUUGCGAGGCGGGAGACCACAAGCAACUGCUGGAAAACCGAGGACUCUACUACACGCUCUACAAACUUCAGAGCGGAGCCAUGUAGGCACUCAUCAUAGCUUAGUUCUAGCUUAGUGAAUUGCGAACAACGACACUAUAGUAUUUGUACAAAAGCUCCAUAGUUUAGGUAAUCUAAGAUUAUUUAUCUUUACUAAUUAUUUAAUAUCUCGAGGAAUUUAUAAAUUAAUUUUUACGGAAACCUUUCUUCAAUAUUCUAAAAAAUAAACGAUAUUUUUGUAUGUAAA